GCUGUUUGGGGCGCAUCGCGAAGGAGAGGGUGAUGCACGGCGAAGAUAGAUGAAAAGGGCGUUUUAUUGGCUAGUGGACUUGAAGGAGGCGUGGUCCCUGGGUCUGCGGCGGUUGGCUGCUGCGCAAGCGCGAGAGCCCGGCGGGACCUGUCCCUUUGCGCUCGCUCGGACUGUAGCCCAUGGCCGCCCCUCUGCGUCCCGUGCCGCCACAGCCCGCCCCGCGCCGCCUGCCGCCCACAGCUCCACUAGGCCAUGACACGAGCGACGUCCUGCAGCAGAUCAUGGCCAUCACCGACCAGAGCCUGGACGAGGCUCAGGCCAGAAAGCAUGCCCUGAACUGCCAUCGGAUGAAGUCUGCUCUCUUCAGUGUGCUCUGCGAGAUCAAGGGGAAGACUGCCGUGAGCAUCCAGUUUCAGGAAGAGGACCCUCCCGAUGCCCAGCUGCUGAGGUUGGAUAACAUGCUGCUGGCUGAGGGUGUGUCCAGGCCAGAGAAGAGAGGCCGAGGAGCAGCAACAACAGGCAGCACAGCAACAUCAGGUGGCUGUCCAAAUGACAAUAGCAUUGAGCACUCAGACUACAGGGCCAAGCUGUCCCAGAUCCGACAGAUUUACCACUCUGAGCUAGAGAAGUAUGAACAGGCCUGUCGUGAGUUCACCACACAUGUCACCAACCUCCUCCGGGAACAGAGUAGGGUGAGGCCUGUGUCUUGCAGGGAGAUGGAACGCAUGGUGAACACCAUCCAGAGCAAGUUCAGUGCCAUCCAGAGGCAACUGAAGCAGAGCACGUGUGAGGCUGUGAUGACUCUACGCUCACGGUUCCUGGAUGCCAGGUGCGUGCCACUGGCGUCCCCAAGGGUCUCUAACUGGUUUGGCAACAAAAGAAUCCGGUACAAAAAGAAUACAGGGAAGUUUCAGGAAGAAGCCACCAUGUACACGGGGAAAGCAUCCACAGUCCCCAAGGCCCGGCGUCCCAGGGGUCAGAGCAGCUGCCAGUCCACAUCCAGCCCAGGUCCCUGUGGCCCCUUGCCACUGACCAAUGGAAGUGACAUGGUUCUCACUCUGCGGACCCUGGCCUUCCUCCAGCCCCCCACUGGGGGAGUCUGCCUACAGCCCCUGGUCCAUAGUAACUGGCAGAGGGCCGCCCCACAGCCAGCCUCAUCACCUGCGGGAGAGUCUGGCAGCUUCAACUCGGAUGCUGCAUCUAAUUAAGUUUCUGGCACCUGGCUGAGUGCCAUAGGUGACUGGCCCUGUGUCCUGCUGAUGACCUCAGAAGUCCUGGCUGCAGCUUUGCCCUUUUUCAGGCCACUUGCCUCCCCACCUUGGUAUGAUUUUUUUUUUUAAAGAAUCAUCAGUUAAGUGACUGACAGUGGACUGUUCAUUCUGAGCAUCCCAUUAAA